UCCUCACCUGCCUCUUGCUGGCUCUGUUUGCCUCUGGCCUCAUUCACCGGGUCUGUGUGACCACCUGCCUCAUCUUCUCCAUGAUUGGCCUCUACUACAUCAACAAGAUCUCUUCCACUCUCUACCAGUCUGCAGCGCCUGUCGCUGCUCCCACCAAAGCUGUCGGCAAAGGCAGGAAGAGGAAUUGA